GGAUUAUUCACCCAUCUAGACUUCUCUUGUACUGUACUCUUGCACUUUGGCUCUUCACCAUUCUCGUAGAUGGUCCUUUGAUUCUAGGCACCGUCAAGGUCCCGCUGUCUCUCGUUUUAUUCUUUCUUUGGCCCUCCCGUGUCCAAGUGUCGGGCGCGCUCAACCUCUGGACACAUUCAAAGCCUGACGACGAGAGUCUAAGGGUUCAUCACGGCCAUUAUCGAUUGAGUCCUCGCCCUUUCUUGAAAUCCGAUAGAACAACUUGCGAAUCCGUCAGGAUUCGACGCCGUUUACGAUGAAAUUUUCCAUUUCAACCCCCGCCUUUAUAACCUCGCUACUCUUCUCGACACUUAUUUCGGCCUAUCGCCCCGUUCAGUUCGUCAAACAUACUGGUGAAAGUGGCCGCGCCGACCAGGCGUUUUCCAUUGUAAAUUAUUUCAAUGAAACCACCGGGCAUUCUGACCUCUACGUCCGGAUGUGGAUGUUUCGAUAUGAGUCGGAACAUCACGGUUGGGCAUCACUGGCCCUGGGUCCCAGGAUGUACGGGGCACUCAUGUUCAUUAUUUAUGGAGAUCCCAAUUCCAGUGCCGACAUGACGCUGUCAGUACGAACCGCAGAUGGGCAUCAUCCUCCCCGUCCCGCCACCGAAAUGAAGGAUUUCUACGAUGAGGAGAUCCCAGAAGUUCACAUCAUCUCCUCCCGCUUCCAUCCAUAUACUGGAGAGUACUACUCUGACUCUCAAAAGGCCAAGCCUUCACAUCUUGGCAUCGCCGAUUUCAUUGUAUAUGGGUACCAGCGAUGGUCAGCAACCGAGUUGGAGAUUAUGAACACUACUACAAAGCAAGCUAUGAUCUGGUCGAGCAAUUUCAAACAGGAUUUUCAAGGUGAUUUUUCUGUGGACAGGGCCAUCGACAUGCAUCAGUUCGGGCUAGGAUUCGGACUCCUCUGGGUCGACCUCCUCAACGCUGCUACAACUUAUCCGUUCUUUGGUGAGAUCUUGGAUACCGAGGGUCACAAAGGUGUUAACGAGAUUGGUGAUCCACUUCCCCCAACUGACGAGGAGUUGACCGCGGGCGAGACCAUCAUUGCAGCACAGGCCGCGGGUGGUGUUGGGACAGGGGACGCUGCCGCUGCUCCCGACAAGCAAUCUUCCAGUGAUACUCCCCAGGCCGACGAUGGCAACGCCGUCGAAGAGCCUGUCAAAUCGCCGAAACAAUGGACUAUCCGGUCCCUGAUGUGGCACCUCCACGGUGGUUUGAUGACCCUCGCUUUCCUUGUCCUGUACCCUCUCGGCGUCUACUUCCUCCGAUCACCUCGCGCCACUGCCUUCAACUUCCACUGGACCGUCAACUCCCUGGGCUCCGUGUCGGUAGGCAUCUCUGCAAUUAUCGGCUUCUGGCAGUCGCGUUCCAUCUCCAUCACUCAUCAAUAUGUGGGGAUCUUGCUCGUGUGCGGACUUGCAGUUCAGACUGUCCUCGGCUGGCGUCACCAUGUUGUCUAUCUCCAGAUCUCGCGCCGCACCUGGAUGGGCCUAGUUCACGUUUGGCUUGGCCGGGUCAUUCUUCCGGUCGGAAUGAUCAAUGUGCUCACUGGACUGUUGUUACGCCACUACGGCUGGCUGACUAUCGCGUUGACUAUUGCAGUAGCUACCAUUGAAGUGGUUUUGCUGACGCUAAUCGUGGGCCGGGCUCAGAAUCGAAGACCAGGGGCCACUCAGAAGGCCCCGUCAGCCCCGACGGCGGAAGAGGCCGAGGAAUACUUCCAAUUGACGGGUGACGACGAUGACGAGGAGUUGAGUGACGACGAGGCGAGAGCUGAUGGGGGCGAGGGCGGUGCAGCCAGGAAGGUCAAAGAGCGAGCCGACCAAGCAAAGCGGCUGGCACGCCUUGACAAGGUCUAGCUCUUGCAUGUACGCGAGAUUUUUUUUUUCGCUUCGCUUUGGCUCGUGGGAUAUUGAGUUCGACUCUUCUGCCGCGCGCGAUAGGGACUAUAUGCGGGGUUCUUUAUAUGCAUAUUUUGGCACUUUCUUGCCUUGUGACAGACGUCCUGCUGGGUAUGGCUAUAUAUGGAACUUGGAUGGUUGUCCAAUGAUUGAAGCAAGGAUAAGCUGUACUUGGACGCUCGCGAUCUCACUAUACACUUUGAAAAUGCCGAGUCCUUGGAGAAAGCUACCCAAUCCUUCGGUCGUGUCUUCGUAAUAAUGCCGGUUGGAAGAGCGCUCCGGAGGUGCCAUGACACGUUCGUUCAUCAUAAACCGCCGACUAUGGAUCUCCAGGCUUCCAGAAUAUCGCCGAGAAAGUAGGUUGCCCAAACAGAGGAACCGGCAAUGGCCAGGCCGGUUAAUUUCUCGAGCCAUGUAUGGAAAAAGAUGGCAGUCAUCAUCAGCAUCCACAGAUCCAGAACUAC